GUCUCCUUCACUCCUCCGCCGCUCAUCAGCUCUCUCUCCGCGGAUCUGCUGUGGAUUAUAUCGCCGUUCUGCGCCCGGUUCAGGAUGAAGGGUGGAGGUUCGGCAGGGUGCUGCAGUCCCUGCUAGAUUCAUCGUCUCUCCUCCAUCAUCAUCAUCAUCAUCAUCAUCUUCUUCAUCAUCAUUAGGCUUCUGCUGUGUCCAGCAUGGCCAAUCACCUGGAGCUGCUGUCGGAGCUGCAGCAGCUGGAUAAAGUGCCGAGUCUGGAGCGGCUCCGCGCUGCACAGAAACGGCGAACGCAGCAGCUGAAGCGAUGGGCCGUCUACGAGAAGGAGAUGCAGAACAAGAAGAAAAAAGCAGACAAACGGCGCGGCCCCGGGGCCCUGGCGGAGAACCGCAGGAGGGUUUCAUUCGCUGCCAGUGUGGCUUUACUGGAGGCUUCAGCGAGGAACGAUCCCGAUGAAGUGCGAUACCUACUGAAGAACAACUUGAGUCCAGAUCUGAGCAAUGAAGAUGGUCUGACAGCUCUGCAUCAGUGCUGCAUUGAUAACUAUGAGGAGAUGGUGCGGAUCCUGCUCGCUCAUGGUGCGACUGUAAAUGCUCAGGACAACGAGCUCUGGACACCGCUGCAUGCCGCAGCCACAUGUGGACACACCGGCCUGGUCAAAAUACUCAUCCAGCACGGCGCUGAUCUGCUAGCAGUGAACUCAGAUGGGAACAUGCCCUAUGACCUCUGUGAGGACGACCCUACGCUGGACAUCAUCGAGACCGCCAUGGCCAACAGAGGCAUCACACAGGAGAUGAUCAAUGAGACGAGAGCGGCAGUGGAGCGGAGCAUGCUGGGAGAUAUUCAGAAGAUCCUGCAGGAAGGAGCAGACGUCAACCAUCACGACUCACAGGGGGCCACGCUGCUGCACAUCGCAUCAGCGAACGGUUACUCUCAGGCUGCAGAGCUGCUCUUAGAGGCCGGAGCUCGAUCAGACAUGAGGGACUCAGACGGCUGGACACCACUGCACGCUGCUGCAUGCUGGGGACAGGUUCAAGUGGCAGAGUUGCUGGUUUCUCACGGAGCCAGUCUGAACGCCAAGACCUACAUGGAGGAGACGCCUAUAGAUCUGUGUGAGGAUGAGGAGUUCAGGAAUCAUCUUCUGGAGCUGAAGCACAAGCACGACAUCAUCAUGAAGUCACAACUGAAGCACAAAACGUCACUGUGUCGCAGAACCAGCAGUGCAGGCAGCCGCGGGAAAGUGGUGCGGCGGGCGAGUCUCUCCGACAGACACAAUCUGUGCAGGAAAGAGUAUCAGACUGAAGCCAUCGUGUGGAGAGGAGGACGAGAAAAAGAAGAGCGAGAGCGAGAGUCUGACCAGGAGAACAGCCACACGAUGCAGCCUACUGAGGGCCCUCAGUCACCGGGCAUAAUGAAAGACAGUGGACAGAACGGCUGCAUCUCCAGCCCAUCUCCAAAUGGUGACCCAGUGACUCCUCCUGACCCCGUGACCCCUCCUGACCCUGGUGACCCUGUGACCUCCGCUGAGGAGCCCAAGCAGAAGGCUCAGACUCUGUCAGAACUGAAGAAGCAGCGCUCUGCUGCCGCCGCCAAACUCCUGCAUCACCCCGUCCUCAACGGUCACCUAGGCAACGGCUCCUCCAAGCCACACCCUGAUGACCCCCGCAUGCCGCUGGUCUCAUCCAAUGGCAGCGCAGUUUACUUCACGCCUGCCAGUGGAGACCCGCCCCUCCUGAGGUUCAAGCAGCCAAUCGAAGACGAGGAUCCCAAGAGUCACAGCUGCUGCUGCAUCGCGUAGAUCCACACCGGCCAAUCACACGACUGCAAGCACCUAAUUGGCUGCAGCUAAACAGCUUCAUGAAUCCUUGGCUGCGUCCGAAAUCACGUUUACAGAAGACACGUUACUGUCCUAUGAUGCAACGCGAGAGUAUGAGAGUGAAGCGAUGCAACUGAGUCACUUAGUGAAUCAAACGCUUCAAAGAAUCAAAUCAAAAGCUUCAAAGAGUCAAACACAGCUUCAGUGAAUCAAUAAGUGAAUCAACCACAGAUUUAGUGAAUUAAAUACAGCUUCAGUGAGUCACUCAGUGAAUCAAAUACAACUUCACUGAGUGACUCAGUAAAUCAAACACAAAGCUUCAGUGAAUCAAAUACAACUUUAGUGAGUCACUCAGUGAAUCAAACACUGCUUCAGUGAAUGAAACACAACUUCAGUGAGUCGCUCAAUGAAUCAACCACAGCUUUAGAGAAUCAAAUACAGCUUCAAUGAGUCACUCAGUGAAUCAAACACACAGCUUCAGUGAAUGAAACACAACUUCAGUGAGUCGCUCAGUGAAUCAAACACACAGCUUCAGUGAAUCAAACACAGCUUCAGUGAAUCAAACACAGCUUCAGUCAGUCACUCAGUGAAACAAACACUUCUUCAGUGAAUCCAAUACAACUUCAGUGAGUCACUCAGUGAACCAAACACUGCUUCAGUGAGUCAAACACGGCUUCAGUGAGUCGCUGAGUGAAUCAACCACAGCUUUAGUGAAUCAAAUACAGCUUCAGCGAGUCACUCAGUGAAACAAACACUUCUUCAGUGAAUCCAAUACAACUUCAGUGAGUCACUCAGUGAACCAAACACUGCUUUAGUGCGUCAAACACAGCUUCAGUGAGUCACUCAGUGAGUCAAACACUGCUUCAGUGAAUGAAACACAACUUCAAUGAGUUAGUCAGUGAAUCAAACACACAGCUUUAGAGAAUUGCUUAGUGAAUCAAACACAGCUUCAGUAAAUCAAAUGCACAGCUUCAGUGAGUCAUUCAGCGAAUCACGCAAAGCUUCAGUAAAUCAAACACACCACUUUAGUGAAUCGCUCAGUAGAUCAAACACAGCUUUAGUGAGUAACUCAGUGAAUCAGACAAAGCUUAAGUGAAUUAAACACAGCUUCAUUAAGUCACCCAGUGAAUCAAACACACAGCUUCAGUGAAUCGCUCAGUGAAUCACACACUGCUUCAGUGAAUCAAACACACAGCUUUGAUGAGUCAUUCAGUGAAUCAAAGAAAGCUUUAGUGAGUCACAUAGUGAAUCUCACAAAGCAUCAGUGAAUUAAACACAGCUUUGGUGAGUCACUCAAUGAAUCAAACAAAGCUUCAGUGAAUCAAACACACAGCUUUGGUGAGUCUCUCAAUGAAUCAAAUACAGCUUCAGUGAGUCACUCAGUGAAUCAAACACACAGCUUCAGUGAAUUGCUUAGUGAAUCAAACACAGCUUCAGUAAAUCAAAUGCACAGCUUCAGUGAGUCAUUCAGCGAAUCACGCAAAGCUUCAGUAAAUCAAACACACCACUUCAGUGAAUCGCUCAGUAGAUCAAACACAGCUUUAGUGAGUAACUCAGUGAAUCAGACAAAGCUUAAGUGAAUUAAACACAGCUUCAUUAAGUCACCCAGUGAAUCAAACACACGGCUUCAGUGAAUCGCUCAGUGAAUCACACAAAGCUUCAGUGAAUCAAGCACACAGCUUUGAUGAGUCAUUCAGUGAAUCAAAGAAAGCUUUAGUGAGUCACAUAGUGAAUCUCACAAAGCAUCGGUGAAUUAAACACAGCUUUGGUGAGUCACUCAAUGAAUCAAACAAAGCUUCAGUGAAUCAAACACACAGCUUUGGUGAGUCUCUCAAUGAAUCAAAUACAGCUUCAGUGAGUCACUCAGUGAAAUAAACACAGCUUCAAAGAUCCCAUACUUCCCAACUCUAUUGUAUGUGUAAAACAGUAAGUGAGGCGAGUAGUAUGCCCAAA